AUGGCACCCAAGAAAGACAAACAAAAAGAGCCGGUCACCAAUCCAUCCAGUCAGCCCAGUCAACCUAAGCCAUUCAGAAUCCUUCAACCAUCCAUGAAUCCAGUUAAAACCGAGUCGCCUUCCCAAUUGGUCCCUUUUCCGGGAUGUUCUCCUAUACAAGUCAGUAAUCGAUUCUCUAGUUUGGGAGCCACAGUUGGUCAAAUCCGUCCUAACUACCAAUCUGCCCUAGUUGCCAGUUAUGAUCCUUUUCAGAUCAUUCCUCCAGUUGCUCAGUCUUCCCAGUCGUCUACUCCUCUUCCAAAAUCAUCUCCUUAUGUCCCUAAAGAUAAGUCGCACCUAUUCAUAAUCGAACCAAUUUAUGAUGUCAAAUGGUGGGAUAAAUUUCAAGUUGCCAGAGUUGCCAAAUAUGUCUACAAGGAUUUUCCUCAAGUUGUUAAUCCUCCCAAUCCUCAACUUGUAUCUCCUGUUGGUUCUUGUUCUUCUCUCUCAAUCGAGGGAAAAUCAAAAUCUGAAUUACAAGAAAUUGCUCGCCAAUUGAUCAUCCAAGCCUCCCAGAUGAAUGAUGAUGAGGACAAUGACAAUUCCCCUGCCUCCCAGUCAUCAUCCAGCUGUCUUCCUAAUCCAAGUCCCUCCAAACCCCAUCGGUGUGGAGUGAUUAUGAAUAUUCCCAAGACCCUUAUGUUGCUUAUGAUCUCAAUUCUGACUAAGCAGUAG